AUGACUCUCUUCCAGGUCAGGGAGCUGUUGCAGUUCACAGAAAACGGGGAUAAUGCGACCGAUACAGUUAUCAAUAAUAUUCAUUUCAAUAGAACCGCUCUGAAUUAUUUUAACUAUACCCUCUAUUCUAAUGGAACAUUAUCCAACGGUUCGAACUGCUGGCUUUUAUUCGACAUCUACAAGCCUCGAAUGUUGUCAAAUGGAACAUUUCUCAAUGCAACCUCAUGUUAUUCUCCAAUUGGUGACCUCGAGAAAAGGGGAAGUGUAGGGAUCGCUUUCGCGUCGAUGUUUGCGGUGACGAUAGUGUUCACAUUGAUCAAUUUGAAGAAGCAUGGAAUGAUGUUCUUACCGUCCGAGAAACGAUGGGGGGCCAUCGGAAGGAGAUGGCAGUGGUACUGGAUGCUUUUCGUUGCAGCUUGCGGUAUCAUAAGCUGUUUCAUGAGCAUCGAUGUCGAUCGUGUUUAUUUGCAGGGAAUUGCGCUCAGUCUUCAGAGCUUUUUCUAUUAUCUACUUCUUCCUGGACUGCUUGCCGCUGUAUGGGAGGGAGUCAGGCAUUGGGGUUCAUGGCAGGAACGGCAGAUAUGUGAUCGUGAUAUCUUUGCAUUCUUGACCGCUUCUACAAGGGAGACACAAGAAUUCUAUCUGCCGCUGAUUUUUUAUCUAUUUGCUUGGCUCAACUUCUUUAUGGUCAUUCCCAGGAGCUGGGUUACUAUUCAAAAGCAACACAGUUAUGAUCUAACGAUGACGACUGCGAAACCAUCCGCAACAGACUCGCGCUUUAAAGCUGGGAGUAUUAUUGCAGCUGUAUGUCUUGUUAUCAUCUGCUACAGUCUUGGGCACAGCAUCUAUCGAUACAAAGAGCGUCCAACGAACCGGCUUCGUUCAAUGACGUACUAUAUAAGCUCUGCACCCCCGAAAUUCAUCAUCUGCAUUCUUCUCAUCGGCAUCCGUGUCGGAUUCGGCAUCGCCUCCGCAUUUUCAUGGGAUAUUUCACCCAUUAGAUAUGAUGGCAAUGUCGGUUGGCUCUACGGACUAGGUUACGCUCCCGCACUCCUCAUCGUAGCUGUUUUGAACUUUUGGGGUUACAUCGAUCCCAAUGAAGAUAAGGCUCUGAUUAAUCAACGUCGUGAGCGUGGUCGCGCAGCCGAUAUUGAACUGGGCAUUGAAGCUUCAAAGAGGAAGCCGGACUGGUGGCGUCGACUUCGACCCGAUUUCCAACACAUAUCUGGUGGUGAUCCUAACGCGAGACUACGAGCCCUAACCACAGAGAUAGGAGGCGGAAAACCAACCCAGCAGAAUGUCGAACGCUACGUCGAAAUGGGGACUUUGUCCGCUUCUAAACCUUCAGGGGAGAACCAGGACAUCAAAUUCAAUGAUACGAAUACCCCAAGCAUGGUUAUUCAACAUGAUCCGUUCGCGGAUCCAAGCCCAAGGACUAAUACUUCAACUCUGAUGCACUCGAGAAAUCAGGUAGUUCUCACCUCCAAGAGGUCGGGAAGCCAGGCCACCGUCUCAUCUGGAGAAACAUUGACUCAGCAGCAGCCUCCUCAAAAAGUGAGGAGUAUGUUGGAUAUCUAA